AUGUCCCAGUGGCCCCCAGGGCCCCCGGGGCCCCCGGCCACCAACCCCGGUCCAGCGGGGCCUGCACCCGCUGUCGCAGCCCCGAGCGUGGGUCUUUGGAGCCAGUGGGCACCGCCCUUUCGGCACCUUCAGGAGCACGAGGAAGGCCUCUUCACCCCCACCGAAACCUUGAUGUCCUUCCCACCACCCAUCAUGUCAACCUUCAACGGGCCGAACUCGUUUCUCUCACUUGAUCGUUUGGUAGGCGUUGUUGGCAAAACUAAAAAAAUUCCGAUUUAUGCAGUCGAUUACUUCCGGAAGAGCGAGGAUCGCCCGCCACCCUUGGCCUGCUUCCUGACGCAUGUACAUAGCGACCACCUGCUGGGGCUGGAGUCCUUCCGGUCGCCUUUCAUCUACUGCUCGCCAGCCACACGUGAGCUCCUGCUGGGCCUGGAAAAAUGGCCCCAUCGCAUAAACUUCGAACAAGGCAUUCUAGAAGCCCGCCGUGUUCACUAUAGGCAUCUGCAGAAACUACUGCGGCCUAUCCCAUUAAACACCCCCACCAUCAUUGACCUUACUCCAGUGAAGCGUCUCCGUGUCACUCUGAUCGAUGCCAAUCACUGCCCGGGGAGUGUUAUGUUCCUGAUUGAGGGGGAGGAGAAGGCAAUUCUCUACACAGGGGAUCCAUGGUGGAUCAAUAGUCUGGUCCGCAAUCCCGUGUUGAUCCCUUACACCCUAGGCCCGAGGCGGCUGGACACCCUUUACCUUGACACCACUCACCUCUCCCGUAAACAAUUUUUUGUCCCCAAAGCAGAUGGGAUUGCAGAGUUGCUGCAAAAAGUCCUGGCUUACCCGAAAGAUACUGUGUUUCACAUUCGGGCAUGGACGUUUGGCUAUGAGGAGGUGUGGCAGGCCCUAGCGAUAGCACUGGACAGCCAGAUACACGUGGAUCCCUAUCAACUCAGGCUGUACCGGUCUCUCGCCAAAGCAUCCAGUGACAAGGCUGUCAAUGAGUCCUCUAUCUUCAAUGGCUUCAAACUGGGCAACACGACCAUCGAGGGAAUUCUCACCGACGAUAAGAAUGUCCGCCUUCACAGCUGUGAACCAGGAACUGCUUGCAUAAAUCGUGCCCAUAGAUGUGUCGACAUCAUGCCUUUCCUGUGCCGUUCUAGAGAUGGCCAGGAAGAAGCUGAACCGAGAGCUCGGAAUGACAAAAGUGAUCUCUACCCAGCUCAUGAGAUUGAGCUUACAGACAAAAGCACGGCAAAAGAACUAGAGCGACGGGGCUUGGCCCUCCUGGACACCACCGAAGAUCGGAAAGCAUUCUCGUAUCGGUUGAGUGCAGCGUUCUCCAUGAACCGUUCACUUUCACUGAAUGAACUCGGCAUCCGACUGGAGAGCAAUGUUCCACUUGACCUGAUGGUGGAAACCAUUGUUGACUGCAUUCUAAGCUAUGAUCAUCAGAUGGAGACCCUCACUGCUGCCAUGUUCAAAGGAGAACGCAGCGGGAAAAGGGAUGUGAUUCAUUACCCGUUUGCACGCCACUCGUCAUAUGCGGAGUCCUGCAGCCUCGUGGGUCUUUUCUAUCCUAAAGAUGUAUAUCCUUGCACCUACAACGAUACCUACUGGCGCCUUGAAAAAUUAACGGUCGAGAAUCUGUUUGGGCAUCUAUGUUCGGAGAAAAUAUUUGCCUUUGACAAAAAGAUGAGGAGCACUGUAUCAGAUAUGGAUCCCGGUCUUGAGUGGUUUACCAGGUCGUCGAAGUUCACCCGCCAGCUCCAAACUCAGUCAACGCCUUCUCACAGCGAGAUAGGCGAUAGUGAUCUAGACAGACCUGGGUCUCAGCAGGUAUCGUCAUCCCAGCUUCGAAGCGUGUCUACACUGUCUCAAUCUUCCUCACCUGCACCCCAAAAUUUCCUCAAGUUGACCACCCCUGCGGAGGAUACGCCUUCAACUACUCCAGACCCGGGCCGAGAGUUGCGCAAUGAGAUUAGACGGGCUCAGCAAUAUCUCCAGGAGCAGGUUGAUCCCGCAGAAAUGCAAAUUGGUGCUCUUCCAACCGCUUGGCCUUCUGCAGAAGAUGAUAUGUUUGAUGCUGAUACCGAAAUGGAUACGGGCAUGGGCUCUGAGCAGCCCUACCGUUCUAUCUUUGGCGGGGAUGGAGGCUCUGAUCCAGUCAUCUCAACUCAGGAAAAAGGGGCGCCCACCGCGCAGAACAAUGAACCGCAGAUGAGUUCCCAAACUUUGUCGACCUCGGAUUCUAAGUCCACUCUUUCCGGCGUGGAAUUGACGGCCGACUUGCUGAGAGAUGCUGCUGAGUUUGUGAACGACCUAGAUGAGGAGGAAGACCCAACACAGACAGAGUCACGCAAACAAACCCGCAUCACGGCUUUUCUGGCUGCACAGGAAGACACGUACGCCGCAUGGGCAGAUGUAUCCCUUGUUUCGGCUGGGGACAAUCAUGCUGAAGAAGAAAUCGAGCUGUGA